UUAACCCUAUUUAUUUAUCGAUUGGUUUGGUGGCGCAAGAAAGAGGGAGGGAAAAUCUCAGAUUCCCGUGAGUGUCCACGGAUUCCGGAGUCGAGAGAGAGAGAGAGAGAAUGGAAUUGGAAGCAGUGAAGAGAUACCUGGAGAAAGGAGGAAACAAGAACGCAUCCACAAUCGAUGGACUGCCUCUCAGAUUCUUCGAACGCUUCACCAUGCAAGGCCUUCGUCUCGAUCUCAUCGAACCCGGCCGUCUCAUUUGCUCCUUUAAAGUCCCCAGCCGUUUACUGAACACCGGCAAUUUCUUACAUGGUGGAGCAACGGCAACGCUGGUGGACUUAGUGGGUUCAGCUGUUAUAUACACUGUUGGAGCUCCAACAACCGGAGUUUCGGUGGAGAUCAAUGUUUCAUACUUGGAUGCUGCUUAUGCUGAUGAGGAAAUUGAGAUUGAGGCUAGGGCUUUACGUGUUGGGAAGGCUGUUGGAGUUGUCAGUGUUGAGUUGAGGAAGAAAAAGACUGGCAAAAUAAUUGCCCAGGGUCGUCAUACCAAGUACCUUCCUGUCUCUAAGAUGUGAAAAUUUGCUUUUAAUUUGCCUUUCAUUUGAAUGUGUUGUAAUCGUGUCUUCCCCUUGAAAAUCAAACAAUGUAUUUAUUUAUGAAUAUGUUGUAAUCGUCCGUUUACUCCUACUUGAAAGCUAGAAAUGUUUAAGUCCACACGGUCUUCAAAGCGCGAAUUAUUUCUCUCCCUCUAAAUACACCACAUAAGGCAAGACAGAACUUAUGGAUUUGUUUCUUUAAGACUCUCAAUCAAUGGACAGCCAUCGUGGACUUGAACAUUUAUAGAAUUCAUGUUUUUCUUGAUAUUUUUUCUUCUACUAGCUAGGGGUUUUUUUGUAUACUUCUUAUGUACUUAAAUUGCACUUUUUAAUGAA